CUACGUCACCAUCAGCACUAUUACAAGCUACUUCGCCAUCAGCACCAUUACAAAUUCCUUCACAUUUGGCACCAUUACAAUCAACAUCCCUAUUACAAUCUAAUUUAAUACAACAGACAAAUUUUUUUCAACAUCCAAUGUAUCCAGGACAAUUCUAUAUUCCAUCGCCAAUUUAUACACCUAUUCAGCCAUCUUUACAACCAAGUUUUAAACCUACACUUGAAGAUUUUUUAAAGCAUAUUGAUGAAUGCGAAGGCACUGGAAAUUAUUAUCAUGGAUUUUUAUUAAAAUUUCAACAACAGAAGAUCUCUAUACGAUUGCUUACUAAACUAUCGAAUGAAGACUUUGAAAAAUGUGAUAUAGAUACGAUUGGUGCACAGCAAACUCUUCGCGAUUAUGCUGCAAGAUACAAUAUAUAUUUUACAUCAUUAAACAAUACAUUUCCUAUAGAAAAAACCUUUACUUAUAACCCGCCGCAUUAA